GAUGCUGAUGCGAAUGAGACGAAGGAAGAGGAGAGAAAAUAUCGAUUUACGGCAAGAAAAUCAAAGGACUAUAAACGGGGAGGCCCUCUCGAGCAACUUGUGCAGAAAUAUAAAAUUAGUCUAUACAGUAUAGCGUGAAUACAUUAUGCAGCUAUUUAUUUUUCACUAGCAAAUCGUUGAAUGAAUGAAAUUGGAACCGGCGAGGGAGGACACGCCAAAGGAGAGCGAGAAGAUGCUGUGAUACGCUUACUGGCAGGGCUAGAGCGAGAGGGAGGGGGAGGGUGACACGGUAAAGAUGGUUGUUUUGCAAGGGACGCAUCUCUCGUCUAAAAAAAUCGCAAAAAUGUGGCUGUUGGAUGAAACAUAUCGUUUCGCAUUACAACGCAAAUUUAAAAUGAUCCGAUUUUGACAGACGCAGACUAACGUGGAUAGAAAUAGGCUAGGCUAAUCACAGUGUAUGGAAGCACUAAUGUGGCUAACUCGAAGAUAACAUGCAGCUCCACCUGUGAAAUAGGCCUAACACAGUGAAUACAAUUAACAUCUGUCUGCAUUGAACUAUAUGGACGUUUUAUGUUGCAAUACGUUUGUUGAAUACUUUGAUGUUGCAUCCCCUGUUUAUGAGCAGGUGUAGAUAGAAAUGGAAUGAUGGAGUUAAAACUAACGCCGAUAAAAAAUGUCAAUGUUUGUUUUUAAACUAAAUUCAAUAUUGGUACUGAUAUGUUAUGCUGGAUUGACCAAUGUAUCAUUAACAAACAUUUACAAUCUGAAAUCUGACAUGUAGCCUCAACCUAUGUUGUCAGUCUUGUCAUACGUGUUAUCCUGAUUGUUGUCGUUAUGUUGAGUUAGGCUACUGCAUAACAUAAUAUCUGUGUCAUAGAAAUAGAAAUCAGUUACGUACCUGUGAUAGUUCCGUUUCAACGUAAACGAGUCCCAAACCACCUAUUCACUUUGAAGGGAAACCUCUCAAAACAGUGGUGGAAGCUUUGUCUGGGAGUAUGAAAUAUAACCCACAAUUCAUAAAACAGUACUUGUCUGGCCUUUAACUUUGAAUAUAAACCAUUAACUCUUCUCUCUCAAAAUAUCUUUAUGUAACCACUACCAUUGUUAAGCAGGCUUCUUUUUAGUUUGGGUACGAUUAUUCAUGAAACCCACCUAGAUAUAAAGCUAGUUAUCAUUAGUCGCUAUAAGUCGUAGCAAAUAGCUAGGGCAGUAUGAGUAAGGAACUGUCACUAAGUCAGUCAGCUCAAUAUGUUGGGCCAUAUCGACUGGAAAAAACAUUGGGGAAGGGCCAAACAGGCCUGGUGAAGCUAGGAAUUCACUGCAUUACGGGACAGAAGGUAGCCAUCAAAAUAGUGAAUCGGGAGAAGCUGUCGGAGUCUGUUCUGAUGAAGGUGGAACGGGAGAUUGCCAUCCUGAAGCUGAUUGAACAUCCACAUGUGCUGAAGCUACAUGACGUUUAUGAAAAUAACAAAUACCUGUACCUGGUGUUGGAGCAUGUGUCAGGUGGAGAGUUAUUUGACUAUCUGGUGAAGAAGGGCAGACUGACACCUAAAGAGGCUAGGAAGUUCUUCCGACAAAUCAUAUCGGCCUUGGACUUCUGUCAUAGUCACUCUAUCUGUCACAGAGACCUGAAGCCGGAGAACCUGCUCUUGGAUGAGAAGAACAACAUCCGCAUUGCAGAUUUCGGCAUGGCCUCUUUACAGGUGGGGGACAGCCUGUUGGAGACCAGCUGUGGAUCUCCACACUAUGCCUGUCCAGAAGUGAUCCGGGGAGAAAAGUAUGAUGGUCGUCGGGCAGAUGUAUGGAGCUGUGGAGUCAUCCUCUUUGCUUUGCUGGUGGGUGCACUACCGUUUGACCAUGAUAACCUGCGCCAGCUCCUUGAGAAGGUCAAGAGUGGGGUGUUCCACAUGCCUCACUUCAUCCCCCCAGAUUGUCAGGCGCUUCUCAAAGGCAUGAUCGAGGUCGACCCCGAGAAGAGACUCACGCUAGAGGUCAUCCAGAAGCACACCUGGUACCAGUCGGGUCGUAACGAGCCGUGUCCCGAGCAACCCGUACCGAGGCGUGUGUGUUUGGGACGCAUCCUGUCCCUGACAGAGCUGGAUCCUGACGUGUUGGACAGCAUGCACUCUCUGGGCUGCUUCAGAGACCGCGGGAAACUCACCCGCGACCUGCAGUGUGAAGAAGACAACCAGGAGAAGAUGAUCUACUACCUCCUGUUGGACAGGAAGGAGCGUUACCCCAGUUAUGAGGACGAGGAUCUGCCGCCCCGUAAUGACGUAGCUGACCCCCCUCGUAAGCGCGUGGACUCUCCCAUGCUGACGCGUCACGGCCGCUGUCGCCCGGAGAGGAAGAGCCUGGAGGUGUUGAGCGUGACUGAGCAGGGUUCUCCGACCCCGCCGCGCAGGGCCUUGGACACGGCCGCGCACAGCCAGAGGUCCCGUUCAGUCAGUGGGGCGUCCACUGGUCUCUCCUCAAGUCCUCUCAGCAGUCCCAGGGUGACUCCGCAAGGCUCUCCGCUGCCCACCCCCUCGGGCACCCCCGUCCACCACCCCCACCACCCCUCCUCCUCCACCCCUCCCUCCAACUCCUCCUCCUCGUCCUCUUCGUCACGGGCGGAGGGCAGUGGAGUCGGCUCCCUGUCCCUCACUCCGCCCUCCAGCCCCGGGGGAGGCGGCCUGGCUGCUAGCAGCUCCGCCCACUGGAGGACCCGCCUCAACUCGUUCAAGAACAACCUGUUGGGCUCGCCCCGCUUCCACCGCCGCAAGAUGCAGGUACCCACCUCAGAGGACAUGUCUAGCCUGACACCAGAAUCCAGCCCUGAGCUGGCUAAAAAGUCAUGGUUCGGGAACUUCAUUAGCCUGGAGAAAGAGGAGCAGAUCUUUGUGGUCAUCAGAGACAAGCCGCUGAGCUCUGUCAAGGCAGACAUCGUCCACGCCUUCCUCUCUAUCCCCUCCCUCAGCCACAGCGUCAUAUCCCAGACCAGCUUCAGGGCCGAAUACAAGACCUCUGGCGGACCCACCGUCUUCCAGAAGCCAGUCAAGUUCCAGGUGGACAUCGCCUUCUCCGAGGGAGAGAGGGAGCGAGAGAGGGAGCGAGCCGACCGGGAGGGCAGGAGAGAGACGGGCAUCUACAGCGUGACGUUCACCCUCAUAUCAGGUCCUAGUCGCAGGUUCAAGAAGGUGGUGGAGACCAUUCAGGCCCAGCUUCUCAGCUCCCACGAUCAGUCCAUGGGAGUCUCUGAUCCUUUCCCAGAUGAGAAGAAUGUCCGGCCCCACGGGACCCCCACUCGCCAGAACUCCCGCCGCUCCGAGGGCGGAGGUGACCGGUGUGAGUGGGGGGAGCGAGGCGACGGGGGAGGCAUCGGAGGGAGUGGGGGCGUCCUGCAACGCAGAGGCUCCGGGAAGGAAAGGACCCGGCUACUGUCCUCCAAUGGAACACAGUCGCAACCUUAAGAAAGAGAGAGACCGGUCAGGUAGCAGGUGUCUUAACUUCACUGGGGGAAAAAAGAAGACAAACUGUCGUCAGACAAAACCCCACCCUUCAAAAAUCACGAUGUAACUCCCAUUCCACCCUCUGAAGAUGUCUCAGCAAGAUGUUUCAAGCCUGAGAACAAGAUGUUUCAAGCCUGAGAACAAGAUGUUUCAAGCCUGAGAACAAGAUGUUUCAAGCCUGAGAACAAGAUGUUUCAAGCCUGAGAACAAGAUGUUUCAAGCCUGAGAACAAGAUGUUUCAAGCCUGAGAACAAGAUGUUUCAAGCCUGAGAACAAGAUGUUUCAAGCCUGAACACAAGCUGACCGUUGUGACUUUCACCGGAAAUCUACAUUCAUGUUGAUUCACUGAAUCAGGCAGGGAUCCCAUCCAGACCAGUAAUAAAACAAAACAAAAUAUUUUUUUUUCUGUAGGGGAUCGAUAGAUGAGCCAGACCCAGCGCAUUUCAAACUCGAAAGAGCUAAACUUUAGUGCUAGUUUGCAUGUCAUUAUGCUAAAGGAUAUUUGAUUUAGAUUACAGAUCAUUCAUUUGCAAUAACUCAAGCCAAAAGAUAAGGACAGUUUAAAUGAUCUUGGUAUUGUUCUUAGCAAUUAUCCCCGCUCCCAAAACACACACACCUCUACCCCUCAACAACAUUACUGAAAAGGAACCUUGAAGAAUACCUUGAUGUGCCCAACACUGUACGUACAUUUAAUCAAAAGACAAUGGAAACAUGUAGAACGCCCUUAUUAUCAGAUACCACCCAUUUCAGAAAGAACCUGCUGCCAAUCAAAUGAAUGAGUUUGAAAACAAAACCUACAGAUCCUGUUUUAAAAGGAAGAAAUGAGGUCCUUCAAAAAAGGAAUUUCAACAUUGUCUUCUUCUGCUGUAAAGAAAUACAAAUUAAGCUAAGUGAAUGUGAAAAAUAUUUUUUUAUUUAGGUUUAGUUAAGUAUUUAUUGAUUUUGAGGAUGUUGAUGCUGUUAGCGAAUCUGUAAUGGAAAGGAAAGACAUCAGGAAGAAUUUACAUCCUAGACAUAGCUGUUCAAGUAUCUGAAUGGCCAAUUCAAGCCGGUGGAAUUAUGGGAUGGCUGUCAGAACCAAGUUAGCACGGAUGUGUUGGAAUUUGUUUUGUAUUUUCUUUUUACUCAGAGACAAAUUCAAUAUAACCAAGAUUAAUGCGUCGUCUGGAACUUUUGCUCUGAAGAAAAAUAUUUUUGAUUUGAAGAGAAAUAUGAAAAUAUAUAUAAAAAACAUGGGCAAACAUGGAUUGGACUUUCACGGAUUGUCCUUGAGUCAAUUAGAAGUGUGUGCAUUACAGAUAUAUGGGUAGGACGGACUCCAUUUGCUAUCUGUGCUUCUCUCAUAUCACAACAGUAUUGACAUAUUGACUCAAAAACAUAGAUUUGAUCAUUCAUUCAUCUAUGAACAUUUUCAUGAAGUUGGAUUCAAAUUAUUGAUAUAUUACUCCUUGUCAUCCAAGACUUAAAAAAGGCAAACAGGUGUGAGUCCUUCUGUCGUCACCUAUGAGCCAAGUGAUCCAUCCAGUGCACCUCUCCUUAUACCACCACUCUAGAAGCAGACGUAGCUUUUCUGAUGAUCUCGUAUUACAACAGUAUAGCUGAUAGAAACUAGACACGUUACCAACCAGUCUUCCUUACUGCGCAAUAUGCAACAGAUGCAGAAUGUUUUUGAGAGAUUCAAUUUUUGUUGUGUAUUUACAUAUGUAUGUUAAUUUAUUUAUUUACUGUAUUUGUUUAUUGCAGAAAAGCAUCUUGCACCUACAGGAAUACAUCAGCAGCU